UUGGAAUCUGUCACUUGGCAAAGUAAACGGUUAUUUGCUGUCUGUCCCAACGUUAUUAACCAGUUUUAUAUUUGCGACAGACUGUUUUUGUUUUCAGAGAGAAGAAUUGGCCAUCCAUAUCAAACCAGAGCACCGCCUAAGCACAAGAAGGCUCGCACAUCGUUCUCCAAAUAUCAGAUCGCUGAACUUGAAAGAACUUUCCUUGACCAAAAGUACCUUGCCUCAGCGGAAAGGGCGGCGCUGGCCCAAACUCUGCACAUGAGCGAUGCCCAAGUAAAGACGUGGUUUCAGAACCGCCGAACGAAAUGGAGGUUAGUUUCUAGGAACCUAUCUGAAAUAUGCUGUUUUCGUGACAAUGCUUGUUACACUCACUGCUAUAUAAUUGCCACGUGUUAUACAUGCAAGUAUAUACGGUCAACCGUUGUCGAUAUGAGGAACAGUGACUAG